AUGCCGAGCCUGGAUGACAUAUCUGAGAGGCUUUUCAUAAGGUCUCAAGAAGCUGUAUUGCAGUUAGAACUGUGGAUCAGACGACAACAACAUCUAAGUGAGAUUGAACAUGAACAUGCUAGGGAUAAAAUUGCAGAUCAAUACAAUCUUUAUAUGGCCCAGCUGAAUUCAUUAUGUGUAAGAUCAGAGUACGUUAGGGACAAAUUGAAUGCAGGUUAUCAAAAUCGUAAACCCCCCAUUGUCAAUGAGCAGAACUACAUUGAAGACUUGGUGUACGAAUUUCAAGAUAUUACAGUUAAGUUGAAUGAAUUAGCUCAAAAUCAAAAAGAACAAGUGACUCCGUCUUCAAAGCAUUCUAACGGAAGUGUAAAUUCUUUCCAACCACGUCCUUUGAAGAUUACUGAACGAUAUAGGACAGAUAUUGGGGCAACUCGACAGUCACCUACGAGGAUUAAUGGGAAAUUGAAAAAUGUGAAUUUUGUCGAGGAAUCUCUACCUGAAUUAUUUUGUCCAUCUAAGUGUACGUCACUACCGGGGUCACCUUUAAAGAUGAGAUCACCCGAUAGAUUACCAGAUAGACCGCUUAGAGUGGCUAAAUCUUAUGAUACCGGGUUGAAUCCUAAUUCGAGAGCUAAACUGAAAAAACAAAAGGAGGAAGAGAUGCUAUCAGUAUUUAAAGAGAACCAACGUCUCUCCAUUACAUUCUGUGAUGAUAUUGAUGAAGGAAGUGAUUCAGCUUCAGACCAAAAUACCGUUAUUUCAACUAGUCCUAUCCCUCCCUCACAUCCUAUCCAAUAUGAUGUUCAAAGUGAAAAACCUCCCCUGAGAAGAUACAAUUCGCACGACAGUGUGCUAUCUACAAAAGUUCAGCCUAUUUCCUCCGCUAAAUGUCCUACUUUCCUUACGAUACCUACUGCUAAUAGGCCGUCUAUGAAAAGUGUAACGGUUAGUAGUGCACCAAUCAUAUCCAGUACAGGAGGUAAAGCUAGCUCCAAGGACUUGUUAUCUUCGUUCAUUUCUAAUACCCAGGAUUACGACAAGAAGGCACGAAAUGAUAAUGGUAAUAAUAAUAGAUUUUCUAGUAAUUUGAUCUGGAAUCUUUUCAAACAAAAGAGUCAGAAGAAUCGUAAUCCUACUCCUCUACGUGUUCCACAGCAGGAUGUGACCUCAGAGAGAAAAGAGAAUCAAUUACUGACUACAAGCCACCCCAGUGGAGUUUAUUCAUCUUGUUCUAGAUUGCUGGUUAAAAAUCAGAACUCAAGUAUUAUCUCUCCAACGCGGCAAAGGAUCACAAAUGGUAAUACAAUGUAUGAUGAGCUUCAAGAGGCCUUGGAUACCGAACUAGUUCUCUAA